GCUCUUCCUCUCCUCAACACAAACACCAAUCAGCCUUCCGCCCAGUUCAUUCAUAAUCCACAAAGUCCGACUAGUCAACGAAAAGAGAGAUCAUGGCGGGUGCGGCGAAGGCAUCUUGGAUGGUGGCCAUGAGCGUGGGCGCUGUGGAGGCCCUCAAGGACCAGGCCGGCCUCUGCCGCUGGAACUACGCGCUCAAGUCCAUCCAGCGAGCUGCCAAGGCCAGGGCCAACGUGCGAGCCAGCGUGUCGCAGGGCAAGAAGCAGCUACCUGCCUCUGCCUCGGCCAUGGCGGAGAAGGCCGAGGAGGGGCUGAGGACCGUCAUGUACCUCAGCUGCUGGGGUCCCAAUUAGUAGUAGCUGAUACCUGAGAGCCAGGAGGUGUUUUCUCCUAGCUCCAUCCAUGACGCCUUUGAUGCAUGAGGAGCUUUUGUGAAAGCCUGAAACAACCAUGUCCUCAAACCUGGCUGGCCUCCUUGGGAAGAACCCCCCAUUGUAAAAUACCACGAUGACGAUGAUGAUGAUGAAAAACGAUGUUACUUGAGUUCA